AUGACAAGCGAUGCUGACGUUCCGACAUUGGAGACGCGAGCGGACAUUCACUCGUCGAUGUUCCGGCCUUCACAAGUCGAGAGUCAAAUUUGCAACGCCAUCGCGCAACCCGCAACGUUAGGUAAAAACGCUCAAGCUGUUCUUGAAGCUACUCAACAAGCCCGACACACCAGGUUUCUCGCUAUACCACCAGUUCUCCGCGCGGCAUAUGACCUCAGUUUUGAUAUCAGAGGCUUCUCCCUUAUACACUUCCGACGUUUCUUCGAAGGGGUCGAGGAGCAGCAUACCCCAGACGCUGUUAAUAUGGCGAACUUCGGGCGCUCCAACUCCCUCCAACCUGCGAACACGCCAGCCAAAAUCGGAGAGAUUGUCGGUGCCUUUUACUAUCUGAUGUACUUCGCAAAAUGUUUCAACAAUACAACCGUCUGCGACUUCAUCAAGACGGUAUCCGAGUUUAUAGUGGAGUAUGCAGCCUUCGGGCGACCCGAUGUUUCCACCUGCACUAUGCUGGAGUACUGGAUAAACUCGAAGCUAGGGAAGUUUCGAAGUCUGAUUCAAGCAUCCAAUAUCCAAGUUGCAGCUCUCGUGGGUCAAGAGUUCAUGCGGAGUGAUGGCCAUCUCAUGCUAACUUAUUGCUGUUGA